GGCGCGUUCCGGUGGCGGCGCGUUAGACUCCGGGGUUCUGCUAGCCACCCUCACGGGGGGCUGGAGGCCGCCAAGACCCGUCCGGACCUUAUGGUUUCCGGUGCGGAGCAGGGCAGGCAAUGCCAGCGUACCAGGAGCCAUGUUUGACCAGGAUUGUGGGAUGGUCGUAUUCAUGCUGGAGGCUCUUGUGAGGAGAUGAGUUGGUGAACAGAGAAGCUGGCAUGAAGAUGCUCCCAGGAGUAGGUGUGUUUGGGACCGGCAGCUCUGCCCGCGUUCUGGUCCCACUGCUGAGGGCAGAAGGGUUCACCGUGGAGGCCCUCUGGGGGAAGACUGAGGAGGAGGCGAAACAACUUGCUGAGGAGAUGAACAUCACCUUCUACACCAGCCGGACCGAUGACGUCUUGCUGCAUCAAGACGUGGAUCUGGUGUACAUCAAUAUCCCCCCUCCACUCACCCGGCAAAUAUCUGUGAAGGCUCUAGGUAUCGGGAAGAAUGUGGUUUGUGAGAAGGCAGCAACCUCAGUGGAUGCCUUCCGCAUGGUGACCGCCUCGCGCUACUACCCACAGCUGAUGAGCCUGGUGGGGAACGUGCUGCGCUUCUUGCCGGCCUUCGUGCGCAUGAAGCAGCUUAUUGCUGAGCACUAUGUGGGUGCGGUGAUGGUCUGCGAUGCCCGCAUCUACUCGGGCAGCCUGCUCAGCCCCAACUACGGCUGGAUCUGCGACGAGCUCAUGGGCGGCGGGGGCCUGCACACCAUGGGCACCUACAUCGUGGACCUGCUGACCCACCUGACCGGCCGGAGAGCCGAGAAGGUCCAUGGGCUCCUCAAGACCUUUGUGAGGCAGAAUGCGGCCAUCCGUGGUAUUCGGCACGUCACCAGCGACGACUUCUGUUUCUUCCAGAUGCUCAUGGGUGGGGGGGUGUGCAGCACAGUGACACUCAAUUUCAACAUGCCAGGCGCCUUUGUGCACGAGGUCAUGGUGGUGGGCUCUGCGGGACGCCUUGUUGCCCGGGGAGCUGACCUCUAUGGGCAGAAGAACUCUGCCACACAAGAGGAGUUGCUACUAAGGGACUCUCUGGCUGUGGGUGCAGGGCUGCCCGAGCAGGGGCCCCAGGACGUGCCACUGCUCUACCUGAAGGGCAUGGUGUACAUGGUGCAGGCCCUGCGCCAGUCCUUCCAGGGGCAGGGGGACCGUCGCACAUGGGACCACACCCCUGUAUCCAUGGCCGCCUCAUUCGAGGACGGGCUGUACAUGCAGAGCGUGGUGGACGCCAUCAAAAGGUCGAGCCGAUCCGGGGAGUGGGAGUCUGUGGAGGUGCUGACAGAGGAACCUGAUGCCAACCAGAACCUGUGCGAGGCACUUCAGCGGAAUAACUUGUGAGCCUGCACCUGGGCUUCCUGUCACGGGCAAAGGGGCCAGGGAGGGACCAGGAGCCAUGAUGGGAGGUCUUGGCUAGAGCACAGACAGUGUCUUUCAUUUAACAAGUCAACUUGGGCAGGGUCCAGGUGAAGGCCAAGGUGGCCCCGGGAAAACGGUUCCUCUAGCACUCAUUUACUCUUCAGACCUGCAGGGCGGUGACGUUCCUGUUGCCAUGGCCAAGAGACCUAGCACAGUGUGCGCGGGGCGGGGCUGCCUCUAAGUCUCUGUAGUUAAUGCUGGUGAGUAGGGCCAGCAAAAGCUUGAUUUGGGGGCUGCUUCGGUCUAUUUGUGGUCCUAACUGGGUGAGAAAGCAGAACAUGGAGCCAGCGUGGCUGAUUGCUCAGGCCUGAGGAGAAAUGACACAAAGCCUUGUUUCCAUGUCCUUCCUGGGCUUAGGGCAUCUCAGGAAUGGUGAGGACACCAAGUCAUCCGCUCAGGGAUCCACACCUGCCACCCCUCCCCAUGUGACCAGGCCCUUCCAGUCUCCAGGCUCUCCAAUCCCUGGCAGGGAGGAGGGGUUCUUCAUUAGGUGAGCUCUCAAGGGCUGUUGACCUAGGGCAGAGGUCCCCUGAUUUGGCAGAGGAGACACGGGAGAGCUCUGGAACAUCUGAUAAAUGUUAAUAAAUCAGAAAGUCUAACACUA